UUCUAGAACAGGGAUUUGCGCAUGCGCAGUAUCAAUUCAGUGAAGGACAUUGAAAGAGAUGUGACAUUAGUGUAGUGUUAACAACCGAUUCGUCUGUUCGAGUAAUUGCAUUAUAAAGCGGUUCAGUGCACAACAUUAACACUUCCUCCUGAGUCCAUUCUGACAGGCUUUUUUGACUGCAUUGCAGAGGUUUAGAGGGAAACCAGAACUUUUCCUGUGAUUUGCUUCACUAUGUCACUUUGCUGGUAAUCUAAUGCUGUGAAGAUCCUGAGCAACCUGUCCUGAAUGGCUGUCUGCAGAAGGGGUGUCUCAUUUUGGUUAGGUUGCAACAGAAGUCAUGGCUGCCAGCCUCUGAUAAAGAAGAAGAACUGGAACGUAUGGCAGGUGGGGUUAAAUGCCCCCUGUCGAUUUCUGAGCAGUGGCUCAUGGGUCUUGGCUCCUCCAAACAGCCUACAUUAUCAGUCUGUACAGAAAGUGUCCCUGCCUAACCUAUGUCAUCAUGUGUCCCAGCCAAGAGAACAAACUCCAGAAGAAGACUGGGCGGAGACCCUUGGCACUUGUGUCCUGCUCAAACCCAGGGAAGCAGUCGAUCAGCAUUCACUGGUGGAGGUUUCCCUGUUCGGACAAAUCAAGUUGAAUGAGGUCCUGGCGUUGGGCACCAACCGGCUCACUGAUUUUUCUUUCCCUUUAACCACUGUUGAUGGAAGAAGAGAAGAUGAUAUUAGCAUCGUUGGAAUGUCAAGGACUGAGCAAAAACCGGAUCAGGAGCAGAGUUCGUUUCGGAGUUUGUUCGAGGCAGAAGGAUGCCCAGCACCUUUUAUGUUAGGAUCAUGCUUUUAUUGCUUCCACUGUCCUGGAACAGGGCCUGUACCUGACACUGGAGCUACGCUGAGAAUCGGACAUGUCUUCUUUCCACAUACUUUUAGCUCACUCUGCAGUUAUGCAGAGGCUGUUAGCACGGACAGAAGGUCCAUUGAGAAGGACAAUGAGAGUGAGGAGAAACUGGCACUGAUGUAUGAAAAGCUUAGGAUUGAGCUUCCCAGUUUUUUUCUGAAGAAUCAUGACUACGGCAUGUAUUCAAACAACAUGGAAUUUAUCAAUGACCUUCUCCACAUGAAAACCAGAGGCCGUGUAGCAUAUCAGCUGACCCUGGCGCUGUGGCGACUUAUGUGCCUGUGCUAUUAUGCAGACGCACGGCUAGAAGUGCUGAAGCUGACCAAGCACCCAGAGGACAACUCCAUUAAAGCGCGCUGGAGGGUCAAGGGUUUGCCCUUUCACACUCUUUUCCUUCGCUUCUACAAGAAAGAUAAAAGCCAGUUUUACAGAACCUUUGAUGCAUUCUCUACCUUCUAUCUGGGCCCUGACGGACACAUACAUGUUCAUAAAGUUGAAAAGGUUAUGCAGGCUCAACCACCUGUGCUGCCGAAAGUGCCAGUACUGUUGGCAGGAGCUCUGGUGGCUCUGGGGCUUCAAGAAGACCGGCCAGCAUUUAAUCUUCUCCCAACGUUCCUCUCCUCCUUCAGACAGGCACAAGAUUAACGAACAUGGCACUGCACGUAGAUUGUGCGGGAAGAGAGAAAAAUGUAGCUUUCUGUUGACGACGAAAAGGACUAGACGACCUUUUCAUAGAGAAGAACGGCGGUCCUAAUGUCGAAUAAAAACAGCGGUAUCAAAAUAGGAGAUGAAAACCGUCCUACUGUCUAUGCGUUCUCUUACCUGUUGAAUAUUAAUUGAUACCUUACCAUAUGACAUCACAAAGCUCUGUAAAAGUAGGUUGAUGCAGGAUUCGCGACACCAUUUACUUCCAUCGUGUUUACUGUACAGCUUAAAAUCUAUAGGGAAGGAGAACGGAACAUGGAAAUGGGAAAUAAUCCUGUAGAACAGAACCGGCGACCACAAAAAAGACACAUGCCUAAGCCAGUUCAUACAUACUGUUUACCUUUUAGGAAAACAACUGUCUUAAACGCAGUCGUGUGGAGAUUUCUAGAAGGAACUUGUAUUGUAUUUAAAAUGCAGACCAAUUGCUCUUUGUUCAAACAUUAGGUUCCGUAUCAAACUGUAAAGAUUUACAUAAAGAUUUCAACUUUAA